AUGGCACAGAAGUAUAAGCUCAAGGAUAUCUCCUCCUUGACGGGCAUCAAUAACUUUGAUAAGGUUGAGGCUGAGGUGGAGGGCGUGCAGGAUGGAAAGGUGCUGCUCGUGAAAUACGAAGACAAAGUGCACGCCAUCAGUCCUAAAUGCACCCAUUACGGUGCUCCCUUGAAGAAUGGAGUCGUUUCUCCAGAGGGGCGGAUUACCUGCCCGUGGCAUGGAGCUUGCUUCAAUGUCAAGAGUGGAGAUAUUGAAGAUGCCCCUGCUCCCGCUGCUCUCAAUACAUUUGAAUUGUUUGAGGAGAACGGCUCUGUCUACAUCCGCGGUGAAGAAUCCGCUAUCAAGUCUGGUCAGCGAAUCUCGGAGCAUAAGUGCAGCUCCUCUGGCCCCGGCGGCUUGGUUAUUAUAGGAGGAGGCUCUGGUACCCUCGGCGUGAUCCUUGCUAUUCGAGAACUCGGUUACAAUGGCGCUAUUACCAUCAUUACUCGCGAGCCUAGUCUCAUAAUCGACCGCACGAAGCUCUCCAAGGCUCUCAUCCCAGACCCUGAGAAGAUCCAGUGGCGCUCUCCCCAGUGGUACAAGGACGUUGGCAUCGAGACAGUCUCAGACGAAGUUAGUGCAGUCGACUUCAGCCAAAAGAUUGUCGUUACGCGCUCUGGCAAGACAUUCCCUUACACCAAACUCGUCCUAGCCACUGGAGGCGUCCCUCGCACGCUCCCCCUGGAAGGCUUCCAGCUCCUCGAGAACGUCUUCAAACUCCGCACAGUAACAGACGUCCAGCGAAUUCUCAAUGCCAUUGGCGACGGAAAGAACAAGAAGGUUGUCAUUAUCGGAAGCUCCUUCAUCGGCAUGGAGGUUGGCAACGCUCUGUCCAAGGACAAUGAGGUCACCAUCGUUGGUCAAGAAUCCGCACCCAUGGAGCGCGUAAUGGGCACCGAAGUCGGCCACAUCUUCCAACGCAACCUCGAAAAGGCCGGCGUGAAGUUCAAGCUCUCCGCCGGCGUCGCGAAGGCCACCCCCUCCAAUGAAGAAGCCCGCAAGGUUGGCGCCGUGCAUCUGCAGGACGGCACCGUUUUACCCGCCGACGUCGUCAUCCUGGGUGUCGGCGUCCGUCCUGCAACCGAUUUCCUCCAAGGCAACCCAGCCAUCACCCUUGAGAAGGACGGCUCCAUCAAGGUUGACGAGCACUUCUCCGUCCCUGGUCUGAACAAUGACGUCUUCGCCAUUGGCGAUAUCGCCACGUUCCCGUACCACGGGCCCGGCACAGAUCCCAAAAAGGGCACAUACACACGCAUCGAACACUGGAAUGUCGCUCAAAAUGCCGGCCGUAGCGUCGCAUCCUCAAUCUUGCACAUGCUCCACAACACCACCUCCUCCCUGCAAAAGGUCAAACCAAAGGUCUUUAUCCCAAUCUUCUGGUCCGCGCUCGGCUCACAGCUGCGUUAUUGCGGAAACACGAUAAUGGGAUGGGACGACCUGGUGCUCAAGGGCGAGCCCGAGAAUGCCAAGUUUGCAGCUUACUACUGUAAGGGAGAGACAGUUGUUGCUGUUGCCACGAUGGGUAUGGAUCCUAUUAUGGUUAAGUGUGCAGAAUUAAUGAGGAGGAACAACAUGCCAAGUAAGAAGGAGAUCCAGGACGGGGUGGAUGUACUGUCGAUUGAUGUGCCGAAGGGUGUGAGGAUCUAAUCAUCAAUUCGGCCUGCAUCUUAGCUAGCUAGUAAUGUCUGAUGAAUGCGAACAUGAUGAAACGGAGCGUGUGUGCGGAACAGAUUGAUAAAGACGAAAGUUUUAUGUACCAAGAACAAAGCUGUAUAGACGCAUAAUGCAGUUUUAAUCCGUA